GGACAACAAGGAGCUGCUGCUGCUGCUGCAACGGGCUGCAGCUACGCCGCAGCCUUCGCCUGCUGCUGCAGCAGCAGGUGCAGCAGCGCCAUCCACUAGUGCUGCUUCUGCCGCAUCUUUCCAGGAGGAGCAGCGGAGCGCAGCAGCAGCAGCCGGUGCUUCGACUGCAGCACCAGCUGGUGCAGCAGCUAGCUCCGAGGCUGCGGACGGCGGAGACGCAGCAGCAGCCGCUGCGGCUGCGGCUGCUGCAGCGGUGGUGUCCCCAGAGCUUGCUGGGUGCAGCGAUGCAGUGCAGCCAUCGCUGCAGCAGCUGCUGCAGCAGCUGCAGCAGCUGCUGCAUGCGAUCAGCAGCUUUUUGGCACAUGCGGAAGGUCUUCUUGUGGAAUUGUCGGCUUCAGAGGAUCCAACAACACCGGCACUAGAAACUCUUUUCUCAAUGCUGCCUCCACUUGUAGAGCUGCACUGUUUCAUCGAGGAGGAGAUCAGCAACAGCAGCAGCAGCAGCAGCAGCAGCAGAAGUGGUCUUCCGCCGUGGCUGCUGGCGCUUCUGGACUGUGCGACGUCUCCGAGGCUGUCUGUUUGCUGCAGAGCAGCACAGACAUUUAUUUCAAUCUUGAAGAGCAGCAGCAGCAGCAGCAGCAGCAGCAGCAGCAGCAGCAGCACCUGCAGCAGGAGGCACUUGAUUUGUGAAACCGACGAGUGUAUGCGCGUGGCGGCUACGCUGUGGGACUGCUUAGGCAGCAGCAGCAACAGCAGCAGCAGCAAAGCAGAAGGGCUCAUUGUGGAUCUUCUGCUGCAGCUUAACGAUGCGUGUCUUCCUGAAAGACCGGCUGUAGUCGAAUCGGUGAUUCUGGCGGGCCUUCAAGGCGGCAGCAGCAACAGCAGCGGCAGCAGCAGCAGCAGCAGUAGCAAGGCAGAGAGUAUAUGGAGGUUCAGCGCCUUCUGGAGGCACGCGCGGCUGCAGGUCUACAGGCCUUUGGGUUUGCUGCUGCCGAAUGCUGUGUUGCAUCUCCUUGCUUCCCUCGGCGACGCGUUUCCUGAUAUCCGGUAUGCAGCACGAGUGUUCGUGCGGCUGGGCCUUGACACGGCGCCGCAGCUGCUGCGCCCCGUCUUUGACUGCAUCCUGAGCGCACCGCCUCCUGUGCAGCUGCAGCAACUGCAGCAGCAGCAGCAGCAGCAGCAGCAGCAUGGGGCAUUGAAGGGACGGCAGGAGCAGCCAGGUCUGCAGCAGGCGGCUCUAACCGAGCAGCAGCUGCAGGUGCAGCUGCUGUCGCAGCUGCAGCACCGGAUGGAGGAGGAGGCAGCUUCUGCUGCAGCAGCAGAAGCGACUGCUGCUGCGCACCGCGGGCUGGAGCUGCUGCAGCUGCUGCUGCAGUUCGAGGGACCCCUGCUGCUGGAGCGCAUGCAGGACUUUUAUGUCGAAGAAGACCUUCUGGAAGCAAAUGCCAUGCAGGCGCAGCUUUGGGCAGCAGCAAGUGGGGCCCGGGGCCCCCGAGCGAGGCAGCAGCAAGCCAGCUGCCGGCUGCAGCACGAGGCCUGGGCAGGGAUUGAGGGCGUGGCUGGCUGCUGCUGA